AUGGGAGAAGUUCCCUUAAAGCAUAUCCCAUCCAGUUCUUUGGAAAAUAACCUCAUUCCCCCAAAUCUUCAUCUAACACUUCCCAGUGCCGAUCUGCCAUCUGAUUCCGCUACACUUGGGUGGAGUUUUCCCGACCCCUGGCCUCCUGCCACCCAUCAUAUAUAUCCUACAAUAGCGGAUGAAAAGCUCCCGUGUUACAUUUGCGGGAUUUUUUUUUCCAGGAAUGAAACUCUCACCGUACACCACCGAUCCUACACAGAGGGGAAGCCAUGUUCUGUGUGCGGGAAAUGUUUUCUUCAGAAACUGUGCUCAAUUAAUGAAGAUAUAACUUAUUUUAGAGAUAAGCCGUAUUCGUGUUCUGAAUGCGACAAAAGCUUCAGCCAAAAGUCAAGUCUUAGAUCCCACUUACAGAUUCACAUUGACGUGAAGCCGUAUUCCUGUUCCCAUUGCGGUAAGAUUUUUAAAAGCAACGCCACUCUUCUCCAACAUCUGAAAAUCCACAGCACGGAGAAGCCGUAUUCGUGUACGGAAUGCGGAAAAUGUUUUACCCGGAGCUCAAGCCUUUUUUAUCACACGAGAACGCACACGGGGGAGAGGCCGUAUUCGUGUUCGGAAUGUGGCCGAUGUUUUGCUAGGAGGACCGCCCUUGUUAAGCACCAGAGAACUCACACCGGGGAGAAGCCGUACCCAUGUUCGGAAUGCGGGAAAUGUUUCACCAGGAGUACAGGUCUUAUUAAUCACAAGAAGCUCCACAAAGGGGAGAAGCCGUAUUCAUGUUCCGAAUGCGGGAGAUGUUUUGUUGACUUUAAAGGACUUGCUACUCACAAGCGGAUUCACGCGGGGGUGAAGCCCUAUUCAUGUUCGGAAUGUGGAAAAAGUUUUGCCGUACAGAAGAGUCUUUCUUAUCACAUGAAAACUCACACGGUGAAGGGUCAGAGUUCAUAUUCCGAGUCUGGGAAAUGCUUAACUGAGAGUUCCAUUCUUGAUAAUCACAUGAAAACUCACACCGGGGAGGAGCCCUUUUCAUGUUCCUAA